AUGCAUCUUGUGAAGAUAGGCGGAGCCAGGGAGAGGCUAGGGUAAUACUACAAACUGGUAUGCCUAGCCUUGGAAGGUGAACUGCAAGAAAACGUCUGUGUUCAGGUAACACAGGAACGUGGAAGUAUAUGUCCUUUAAGUCCAGGGACGUGAACCAUUCCCCUGUAGCUACAGUCUGGAGAACGUUGACUAUCCGAAACAUAUGAAAGGGGAGAACUGGAUGGAAGCCUCAGUCUUUCCGAACUGAAAAUCACUGACGUCAUAAUUUGACCUCGUUUUUUUCUGAGUUCGCAGUUGUAUAGAACGCGGCAAUAAUCCAUACUUUCAACCACACUGACGGUCUGAAACUGUAGAACCGACAUGUAAGUUACUUUACGCUCAUAAAAAUGAUGGAAACAUGGUUACUGAGCAACAUCAGAGCAUGUGUGCAGUGUGUCACAAAGCCGAAACCUCGUGAUUUGGCAAAUAGUUAGAGAAAGGUUUUCUUUGAUUUGGACUCUAAAGAAUGUGGGCUUUUAUUUUGAAGAUUUCCUCAUUACUAUACAAAGUGGCGUCAUCAUUUGUGCUGCUGGCAUAGUAAUACUAGUGAUGGAUCAUGGUCUCUCCUAGUGUUUUUGGAAUUAGUUUGUCAUUUUCUAGCUAGCUAGGUACCUCCAAAUUAUAUGAUGUCGUGUGAUAUCUCCGUAGCUAAUGCUACUAUGAUGUUCCGGUUGAUGGUGUGAAUGAUGUCGCGUCAGAGGAGAGAUCUCUAGGGGAGGUCUUCUACAUUAAUCUCGCUGUAGCUGCAGCUAGCUAACACUUCAUUGACCAAGAACAAUGUGGCCUGCUGUUUCGGGAAAACGAUCGGAACUGCGGGACUAAACCAAACACAGACAUGGCUUCCGAGCUCCAGGUGUUCUCCUCACCCUCAAUCUCCUCCAGCGCCUACACUCGCUCCAAAAAACUGAAGGUAGAGAACAGUGUGUGGGAUGUGAGCAGCCAAGUGGGAGACAACAACAACAGUUACUACCAGCAGCAGGGCCCCAGCCAGGGCAAUGGAAACACAUCCUCCCCCUCUGUAUCAAGUUUCAACCCAGCAUACAACUCCUCCAACUCCAACCAGGGGUACCCAUCAACGGGGGCAGGCUCCCGGGAGCAGACGGUCGUACGGGCGGCAGACAGCACCGGCAGCGUCCGAGGACCACCUUCCUCUUCAUCUUCCUCCUCUUCCGCCAGUUGCCUUGUCAAAGAUGCCGCAUCGUCAUCCUCCCAGCCAGGCGACCUAUACCAAAAUCAGUAUGGUAACAGCCUGAAGAGGAAGAGUGAGGAGGUGGACAGCAGUGACAGUGUUCAGAUCCUGGAGGAGCUCUCGGCCCCUGUGCUCUCCAACCGCACAGCUGCUGGCGGGGGGACCACCACAGCCCAGUCCAUAGCACAUUCCACCUCCACUACUAAGAGUAGUAACUCCCACAGUGAGGGGGACUACCAGCUAGUGCAGCAUGAGAUCCUGUGCUCUGUGUCCAACAGUUAUGAGGUGCUGGAGUUCCUAGGGAGAGGUACAUUUGGUCAGGUGGCUAAAUGCUGGAAGCGUGGCACUAAUGAGAUUGUGGCCAUCAAGAUCUUGAAGAAUCAUCCCUCAUAUGUCCGGCAAGGUCAAAUUGAGGUGAGUAUCCUGAGCAGACUGAGCACAGAGAAUGCUGACGAGUUCAACUUUGUGCGUUCCUACGAGUGUUUCCAACACAAGAACCACACCUGCCUGGUGUUUGAGAUGCUGGAGCAGAACCUCUAUGACUUCCUGAAGCACAGCAAGUUCAGCCCGCUGCUACUCAAGUCCAUCCGGCCUGUGCUGCAGCAGGUGGCCACGGCCCUGAUGAAGCUGAAGAGCCUAGGUCUGAUCCAUGCUGACCUGAAGCCAGAGAACAUCAUGCUUGUAGAUCCUCUCAGACAGCCCUACAGGGUCAAGGUCAUCGACUUUGGCUCUGCCAGCCAUGUCUCCAAGGCCGUGUGUUCCACCUACCUGCAGUCCCGCUACUACCGGGCGCCAGAGAUCAUCCUGGGUCUUCCCUUCUGUGAAGCGAUCGACAUGUGGUCUCUGGGCUGUGUCAUUGCUGAACUGUUCUUGGGUUGGCCUCUUUAUCCCGGUGCCUCAGAGUAUGGUCAGAUCCGGUACAUUUCCCAGACCCAGGGCCUGCCUGCUGAGUACCUUCUGAGUGCAGGCACUAAGACCAGCCGCUUUUUCAACAGAGGCCCUGACUCCAGUUACCCCCUCUGGAGGCUCAAGACACCUUCAGAGCAUGAGGCAGAGCUGGGGAUAAAGUCAAAGGAGGCGAGGAAAUACAUUUUCAACUGUUUGGAUGACAUGAUGCAGGUGAACAUGACUAGUCUGGUGGGGACUGACGUCCUGGCAGAGAAGGCUGACCGGAGAGAGUUUAUUGAUCUGCUAAAGAAAAUGCUGACGCUGGACGCAGACAAACGCAUCACCCCCAUGAAGACCCUCAACCACCCCUUCGUCACCAUGACACACCUGCUGCACUUUCCUCACAGCUCACAUGUGAAGUCAUGCUUCCAGAACAUGGACAUAUGCAAGCGCAGGGUCAGUGCUUUCGAGAGUGGAAAGAAUCUGUUUUCUAGCAACAACAAUCCCAGUGCAGCUACAAACCUCACUGUUACAUUUAGCAGCCAGCUCAACCAGCACAACCAGAUGGCGUCCACCGGUGGCCAGUCACUGUCAGUGAGCAGCAACGUCCCUCUGCUGAACUACCAGCCGGGCCUGUAUCAGCAGGCUACUAUCAACAUCCCCGGUCUCCCCCAGCAGAGUGUCCCUCUGCAGACCAGACCCACCCAGCUAUGUGGCCAGGCUGAGCCUUUCCAGCAGACUCUCAUCGUCUGCCCCCCCACCAUCCAGGGCCUCCAGACAUCCGGCAAACACUCUGGUUUCCCAGUGAGGAUGGACAACGCUGUUCCCAUGGGGCCCCAGAACCAGUCCACUCAGCCUCUACAUCUCCAGCCUGGAAUGCUCACACAGCAGGGCUGGCCAGCAGGGACCCAGCAGAUCCUUAUCCCCUCCACGUGGCAGCAGAUGCCAGGCAUGGCCCUUCACAACCCCAGCCAGAGCCAGACACUGGUCCCUGACCCUCCCAUGGGAGCCCCUCUCUCUGGUGGAGACGGCUCAGGACAACAAGCAUCACACCGGAGGGGUCGUCAUGGCAGUCAGUACGAUGGCAUCAUGCAGCAGGACCUUGCACUGGGGCGUCAAGCACCCACGGCCCCCUCCCAAGCAAGACCCCAGCAGGGGAAAGGGUGUAAGGCUCGACAUGCCGACAGUAGGGCCAGGCCUGUGUUGUCGCUGGAGCAAGGUGCCUCUGUGGUCGACAACACCCCUGCCUUCAAUGGUGAUCCAAUCGUCAUCUCCGAUACUCCCAGCCCUGCUGCCAGCAUUAUCUCCAUCCACAGCGACACAGAGGACGAAGAUGACAGGAAGUUCCCUGCUGCCGGCUCUGGUGUUAACCAGCGAGCCAAUGUGAUCAGCUGUGUGACGGUGCACGACUCGCAUGACUCUGACUCGUCGAUCAGCAGUCCCCUGAGCCCCAAGCGCCUUGCCACCAACUCCUCCUCGUCCCAGUCCUCCUCCAAGUCCCUUGCCAUCAUCCUGCCCUCAGUGAAGACUCAGUCUGGGGAGAGCGGGACCCACAAAUCAGAUCAACACGUUAAUGUCUCUGGUAAGUCCAAGAAGGUGACAGCUCAGCAGUCCAGCAGGGCAGGAGGGGCCUCCAGCUCUGAUCGCCAUCAGAGGGCCACAACUAGCAGAUCUCAACCCCUCAACCUGAGUCAGGUACAGCAGUCUGUGAUGUCAUCAUCACAAGACAGAAUAGGAGGCAACAGCAGCUCCUUGCGUCGUCAGCCCACCUACCCUCCUCCAGUCUCCUCCCACUCCUACCGUUUGCAAGAGGCUUCCUCCAUCUUCACCUCUACCCCUAACCUGUACGCCUACCCUGCCUCUGCCGCCCUGGCCUCUGUCUCUCAGGCCAUGGACCAGCUCCACGCCGGGGGCUCUUCUAGACACGCCCGGCCCAGCGGGCCCUACUCCUCCCUGGGGCUCCUUCAUGCCCAGGGACAGUACCACCAGCAGCAGCAGCUGGCGGCCCAGCCUUACCCCGUCCCACGGUCCAGCGCAGCGGCCUACCAGCUCAGCCAGAGGAAGCUCAGUCAGUACCCCUACCUGUGAGGAAUAGAGGCUGCCAUAGAAAUAGAAUAUCCUAGAUUCUAUUUCUGUGGAAAGAACAGUUAUCUAGCCCAGCGGAAGACCAAAUGGAGACCAAGACUAUAAAGGCGCAGCACUGCACAAGUUUAGCACAGGCACUAUGAUACUUAAAUACCACUAAUAUUUUUAAAUGUGCAAUUUAGUAAGGCCUCGUUCAGAAUUAUUUUAACAGCUUUGUUCGCAAUGUCCUGAUUUCAAGUGGUAAAUAUUUUUCAUUCCCUGUUACUUAAAUGAAACGCGCUUAUGUGCAAAAAAGUCCUUUAAACAUUUGUCUUAUGUAAAGCCAGUAUUUUGCUAUCUUUGUUUUUAGAAUAUUACGCUUGUAAAAGCACUAACCCGUGUGUCCUUUGUCGUUAUCAUGACAUUUUAUUUCCAUGUACUGCAGCUAAUCAAAUUGUACUAGAAUUAUAAGACGGCCCUUUUUUUAAAAUUUAUUAGUUUUUAUCAUUAUUUUGAAUGUCUACCUAUUGCAAAUAACGCUGAACAGAGUUUCUCUGUUUCAUAAAUGUGUUUUCCGUGUCUGUUGUAAAAGAAUACAGAUAAAAUAAUGAGUUUGUCGACUAAAUGUCACCUUACCUGAAACACUUCCCUACACAUGUGACCUCCUCUAUCUAUUUGUUUGGCCAAUGAAGCGAAAACGUUUGCUUUG